GGCUCCGACCCCCGUGCCGGGCCCCUCCACCCGGGGCGGCAGCGUUCUUGGCGCUUCUGCGGGUGCUGGGCUCUUCCUUUCUCGGACCGUACCCCAGGAAGGCCCUGGCCGCGCCCGCGGGGGAGCUUCACCCGAGCCCGGGAUCCCGACCCAAGAACUGGAAGUUGGCAGCCUGGCUCCCUGGCUCCCGGAUCUGCCUCCUCUGCCCAUCUCUUCAUUGCCCAGGACUGGCAGUGGGUUGGCCCGGAGGAGAGCUGACCGCCCUGGGCUGCUGCUGACCUCCGGCAGAGCGGAGCCAAAAUGUCCCCGGAAUCCAAAAAGCUUUUCAACAUCAUCAUUUUAGGAAUUGCCUUUAUGUUUAUGUUCACCGCCUUUCAAACUUGUGGAAAUGUGGCGCAAACUGUCAUCAGGAGCUUAAAUAGCACCGAUUUUCAUGGCAGUGGAUACACCAGCAUGGCCAUUAUUUAUGGAGUGUUCUCUGCUUCGAAUUUGAUCACGCCAUCAGUGGUUGCCGUUGUAGGACCUCAGCUCUCUAUGUUUGCUAGUGGGUUAUUUUACAGCAUGUACAUUGCCGUUUUUAUCCAGCCUUUCACAUGGUCCUUCUACACAGCCUCUGUUUUCAUCGGAAUUGCAGCUGCUGUACUUUGGACAGCACAAGGAAACUGCCUGACAAUCAAUUCAGAUGAGCACACCAUUGGGAGAAACAGUGGAAUUUUCUGGGCACUCUUACAGUCUAGCUUGUUCUUUGGAAACCUCUACAUAUAUUUUGCUUGGCAAGGGAAAACUCAGAUAUCAGAGGGUGACCGGAGGACAGUGUUCAUUGCCCUGACAGUGAUUAGCCUGGUGGGAACAGUUCUUUUCUUUCUCAUUCGGAAACCAGAUUCUGAAAACAUCCUGGGAGAAGACGAGUCUUCCGAUGACCAGGACGUGGAAGUCAAUGAGCCUGCCCAGAACAACAUGACGAAGGCGGUAGACGCGUUCAAAAAGUCUCUUAAAUUAUGUGUCACCAAGGAGAUGCUCCUUCUUAGCAUUACAACUGCCUAUACAGGUCUGGAGCUGACGUUCUUCUCUGGUGUGUACGGAACCUGCAUCGGCGCCGUGAAUACAUUCGGGACGGAGGAGAAGAGCCUCAUCGGACUGUCGGGCAUCUUCAUCGGCAUUGGAGAGAUUCUAGGUGGAAGCCUCUUUGGCCUGCUGAGCAAGAAUAAUCGUUUCGGUAGAAACCCAGUGGUGCUGCUGGGCAUCCUGGUGCAUUUUGUAGCUUUUUAUUUAAUAUUUCUCAACAUGCCUGCGGAUGCCCCUAUUGCUCCCCUCGAGGGGACCGAUAGCAGUGCCUACAUCAAACCCAGCAAAGAAGUGGCCAUCUUCUGCAGUCUCCUGUUGGGUCUUGGAGACAGCUGCUUCAACACCCAGCUGCUCAGUAUCUUGGGCUUCCUCUACUCCGAAGACAGUGCGCCCGCGUUCGCGGUCUUUAAGUUCGUCCAGUCCAUCUGUGCAGCCGUGGCGUUUUUCUACAGUAACUACCUUCUUCUCCAUUGGCAACUCCUGCUCAUGGUGAUCUUCGGGUUUUUUGGAACUGUGUCAUUCUUCACCGUGGAGUGGGAAGCUGCUGCCGUUGUCGCUCGGGGCUCUGACUACCGCAGUAUUUGAUCCACGGAGCCGGCGAGAGGAGGGAGGCCCCGCUGCAGACAGCACAGCUGGGGACAGCGUGACUGAGGACGCCACCGCCCAUUCUCAGCGUGCUGGUGAUUGGUGUGCAAGAUCAGAGACGUCGGACUGCCAGUCUGCCAGGGUCGGUGUUCAAGUUUACAGACAUGCACUCUUUAAGGUGGAGUGAGGGAAACGCGUUCUGUCCAUUGUAAUUGUUCGAGGAUGUUCUUCAGCUCAUCUGUCGCGAGUUCUGUAUGAUCAUGUUGCCGAGUGUAGAUGUUUUCCUCUCCCUCCUGUCUCCUUGAAAGACCUCGACUCCGAAUACUAGGCCGCAUGUCACGGGAGGUUCCCCCUGGGUAUCGAGUGUGCUACUGCGUAAUAAUGGGGAGCACAUGCUAGGCACAUGUGUGUCUGGGAGUGACAUUGAAAUAAAUCGCAAGAUGCUGUUUGCACUUUCUUCCUCUUUAAAUGCGGUUUGAUACGUUUUCUUACCUCGCAGUUCAGAGCGAGGAGAGGCUGCUAAGUGUUGUAGAGCGAGUCUGCAGCCCUGAAAACAGGAGUCUAGCGUCUGUAACUGAAGGAAAACACUAAAGCCGCAGUGACAGGAGGAGGAGGUCUCUGGUUCUAGAGGACGGAUGCCGACAAGCGAGCUCCGGGCCGCGAGGUCGCUGCUGCCUGGAGCAGGCGCCGGCGCACACAGCUGGGAAGUCGGGGCUGCAGCCUGACUGCUCGGGCGGUUUACACGGAAACGGUAACUUUCCUCCACAAGAGCUUGCUUAAA